AUGAGCACUUCUGAGAUCAUCAGCAGAGUAUGGAGCGGCGUCUUGUACAUGCAGUUCCAUCUCGAUCGCGCGCUGUCCAAUCAGGAAUGUCCCAGCUUUUACAUCGCGGUUCAUCGCAAUUCGUACCUGCACAACUCGUUACCGGCCAUUCUUCAGUUCUUUAAACCGUUUCUGAAAGACACUCGAUUGGCGCAGUCUCAAAACUGGUGGUUCGAGUUUGAAAAAGUUCCUCUGAAAUGGAACUUUCCAGUUGGCCUACUCUACGACCUCGUAACCACUGACGCGCAAAUAGAGAAACAGGUAUGGGAAAUUACUCUUAAAUACUACGACUACCCUACAGAAUAUGUGAUUCCGAUCGACCAAAACCCCUCAUUUCUCAAAGACCACUGGACAAACCAGCUUAAGGAGGCAUGUUUCAUACUGAACGGCUCAAGCAAACUUGUAAUGAACAUGUCACGCACAGACUCAGACGAUUUCUAUAACGCCGCCAUCCACAAAGAUUCGACACAAUUCGAGUCAAUGUUUAGAAAACUGCUGCCCUCGAGUGUGUCUAGCUUGAGGAAUCUGCCAAUCAAAGUAUAUCUUCCUCUGUCCAACAAGCUGAUUCAGCCCGUCCUGUCUAAUCCCGGGAGAAAAAUGACUCUCGGCAACCUGCUUCAGGAUCUGAUUCCGGACUUGUUCCCGUCAUCGCUGAUGUACACUGUGGCACACCCGUACUCGCACGGAGUCGUCCUACCGCUCAAUAGUUCUAUUAUCGACCUCUAUAUUUGCAUGAAAUCACUGGACGGUUUUCUACAUAUCUCUAUCAAGAUGAUCCAAAAAGACGAGCACUAG